CUGUCCACAAUUUUAAAGGGUGCCUCGGGACUGUCUAUAGUUUUAAAGGGUGCCUCGGGACUGUCCAUAAUUUUAAAGGGUGCCUCAAGACUGUCCAUAAUUUUAAAGGGUGCCUCGGGACUGUCCAUAAUUUUAAAGGGUGCCUCGGGACUGUCCAUAAUUUUAAAGGGUGCCUCGGGACUGUCUAUAAUUUUAAAGGGUGCCUCGGGACUGUCCAUAAUUUUAAAGGGUUCCUCUGGACUGUCCAUAAUUUUAAAGGGUGCCUCGGGACUGUCCAUAAUUUUAAAGGGUGCCUCGGGACUGUCCAUAAUUUUAAAGGGUGCCUCGGGACUGUCCAUAACUUUAAAGGGUGCCUCGGGACUGUCCAUAAUUUUAAAGGGUGCCUCGGGACUGUCCAUAAUUUUAAAGGGUGUCUCGGGACUGUCCAUAAUUUUUAAAGGGUGACUCGGGACUGUCCAUAAUUUUAAAGGGUGUCUCGGGACUGUCCAUAAUUUUAAAGGGUGACUCGGGACUGUCCAUAACUUUAAAGGGUGCCUCGGGACUGUCCAUAAUUUUAAAGGGUGCCUCGGGACUGUCCAUAAUUUUAAAGGGUGCCUCGGGACUGUCCAUAAUUUUAAAGGGUGACUCGGGACUGUCCAUAACUUUAAAGGGUGCCUCGGGACUGUCCAUAAUUUUAAAGGGUGCCUCGGGACUGUCCAUAAUUUUAAAGGGUGCCUCGGGACUGUCCAUAAUUUUCAAGGGUGCCUCAAGACUGUCCAUAAUUUUAAAGGGUGACUCGGGACUGUCCAUAAUUUUCAAGGGUGCCUCAAGACUGUCCAUAAUUUUAAAGGGUGCCUUG